UGUGCUCCCCACGGGAAGGAAGCACUCCCCCACAUUAAAAAGAGCGGAGAGGAAAGUGGUCAGUCACCGCCCGGGAGGCGAACAGAUGCCCAGCUGCACCGCGUCCACCAUGCCGGGGAUGAUCUGCAAGAACCCAGACCUCGAGUUUGACUCGCUGCAGCCCUGCUUCUAUCCGGACGAAGAUGACUUCUACUUCGGCGGUCCCGAUUCGACCCCACCGGGGGAGGACAUCUGGAAGAAGUUUGAGCUGCUGCCCACGCCCCCGUUGUCGCCCAGCCGCGCCUUCCCAGAGCACAGCCCGGAGCCCUCGAAUUGGGCUACGGAGAUGCUGCUGCCGGAGGCCGAUCUGUGGGGCAACCCAGCAGAAGAGGAUGCAUUCGGUCUGGGGGGACUGAGUAGUCUCACCCCUAACCCGGUCAUCCUUCAGGACUGUAUGUGGAGCGGCUUCUCCGCCCGCGAGAAGCUGGAGCGUGCGGUGAACGAGAAGCUGCAGCACGGCCACGGGCCCCCGGGCGCCGGCACAGCCUGCCCGGCUCCGGGAGUGAGUGCCAGCAGCCCCGGGGGCCGUGCCCUUAAUGGGACGGCGAGUGCUGGCCGCACCGGGGCCACCCUGCCCACCGAUCUCUCCCACCCGGCUGCGGAGUGCGUGGACCCCGCCGUGGUCUUCCCCUUCCCAGUGAACAAGCGUGAGCCGGCACCAGUGUCCGCUGCCCCCAUCAGUGCCCCUGCGACCAGCGCUGUGGUCACUACUGUGUCUGCUCCGGCUGCUGCCCCGGUGGCCGCUCCUGCUCGUGCAGGCGGCCGUCCAGCCAACAGUGGCGAGCAUAAGGCCCUCAGUACCUCCGGAGAGGACACCUUGAGCGACUCAGAUGAUGAAGAUGACGAGGAGGAAGAUGAAGAGGAGGAAAUAGAUGUGGUCACCGUGGAGAAGAGACGCUCCUCCUCUAAUAACAAGGCUGUCACCACCUUCACCAUUACUGUGCGUCCCAAGACCUCAGCUCUGGGUGUGGGGCGAGCACAGGCUGGCGAGCUGAUCCUCAAGCGCUGUGUUCCCAUUCACCAGCAGCACAAUUACGCUGCGCCCUCACCCUAUGUCGAGAGCGAGGAGGCCCCACCGCAGAAGAAACUCAAGAGCGAGGCUUCUCCACGCCCCCUCAAGAAUGUUGUCCCAGCGAAAGCUAAGAACUUGAGCCCCCGAAACUCGGACUCGGAGGACAGCGAGCGACGCCGCAACCACAACAUCCUGGAGCGCCAGCGCCGCAACGACCUGCGCUCCAGCUUCCUGACGCUCAGGGACCAUGUGCCUGAGCUGGUGAAGAACGAGAAGGCUGCCAAGGUGGUCAUCUUGAAAAAAGCCACCGAGUACGUCCACGCCCUGCAGGCCAACGAGCACCAGCUCCUGCUGGAAAAGGAGAAACUGCAGGCCAGGCAGCAGCAGCUGCUAAAGAAGAUCGAACAUGCACGGACUUGCUAAACGCUUCUCACACGGACAGUCACUGCCACUUUGCACAUUUUGAUUUUUUUUUUUAAAGAAACAUUGUGUUGACAUUAAGAAUGUUGGUUUACUUUCAAAUCGUUCUCCUGUCGAGUUUGGAUCUGAGUAGGGGGCAGGA